AUGCCUUUUGUACCUCUGCAGAUGGACAAAGAGCAGGUCAACCACUGGGAGAAUCAUAGCACAGUGGAUGAGUUCAUUCUGUUGGGAUACCAGGAAUACCCUGCCCUCCUGUUCAUUGCCUUUCUGGCUACCUACAUAACCAUUCUACUAGGCAAUGGUCUGAUUGUGCUGGUGACAACAUUGGACCCUGCCUUACGUACCCCCAUGUACUUCUUCCUGAGAAGUCUGUCAGGGUUGGAGAUGUGUUACACUUCAGUAACACUUCCUAAAAUGAUGGCCAACCUAGUCUCUGGAGACCAUUCCAUUUCCCUGCCAGCGUGUGCUAUGCAAAUGUUCUGCAUGCUCUUUCUCGGUGGAACUGAGUGCUUCCUGCUGGCAGCCAUGGCCUACGACCGCUACCUUGCCAUUUGCCUGCCUCUUCGCUACAUGAUCAUCAUGAGCCCCAGGGUGCGUGUGGGGAUGGUGGUCAUCUCCUUUGCCAUCAGCUUCCCUAUACAGUUGUUGCAAAUCGGGCUCAUCUUCUCCUUGCCCUUCUGUGGAUCCAACGAGAUCGAUCACUUCUUCUGCGACAUCCCACAGGUGCUCAAAUUGGCGUGCGCUGACCUGUAUGCCAACGAAGUGGCUGUGUACACUGAGAACAUUUUCUUUGUGGUGGUCCCCUUUGUGCUCAUUGUGGCCUCCUACGUACACAUAGCCAGAGCAAUACUACAAAUGCCUUCAGGCACCGGCCGCCAAAAAACAUUUUCCACUUGCUCUUCUCACCUCACAGUAGUAAGUCUCUUCUAUGGCUCAGCAAUGCUAGUUUACCUUUGCCCACAGACCAGUGACUUUGCAAGGUUUUCCAAAUUCCUCUCCUUGCUCUAUACCAUCAUCAUUCCCCUUUGCAACCCCCUUAUCUACACUCUGAGAAACAGGGAAGUAAAGGCUGCCUUUGGUAGACUGUUGGGCAAGAAACUGUCUUUGGAAGGCAAUACAAGGAUUAACUGA